GCUCACUCUAAGGGGGAUGGGGGGGCAGAGCAGGCUGGAAAGGAGCUCUCACUGAUUAUUUUCAGUGCCAGCCUCAGCAGGAGCCCAAUAGAGGGCAGAAGCAGGGAGCAGUGCCAACCCUGGGGGGUAGGGGGGAGGGACAACCAGGCAGUAGACCCAGGGUUUCAAGACCCAGGCUGGAAGAAGGGAAGCUGAGCUGGCCUGCCCAUGGAGGAUGAAAGAUGGAGUGGCCAGGCUCUACUACUAACCCCAUCCCAGCAUCCCUGGGCACAAGGGCUGACUCAGCCCAUUCUCGGGCCCAGAACCUUCCCUGUGCUAGACCCUGGGGCCCUUGUGCCCACAGUCAUGAGGUCUGAAGGGGGUGGGGACAAUGAUGAUAAAAGGCACCAGACACAGCUACCACACCCUUCCUCAGCUGCAGCCUACAUGCAGCCCCGGACACAGCCCCUAGCCCAGGCCCUGCCCUUCUCCCUCCGAGGGGUCCUGCGAGACACUGGACUUCGGGUUCCCAUUAUGAAGAUGGGCACAGGGUGGGAGGGCCUGCAGCGGACCCUGAAGGAAAUGGCCUACCUCCUCCUCUGCUGCUGGUGUAUCAAGGAGCUGCUGGAUUAAUGGUGGCCGAGACCUGCCUCCACUCCACAGGCACCAUGGCUGGCAUCACUCAGCACCCAGUCCAGCAUACAUCAAGACUCCCGGAGCCAGCUGUGCUUGACCAAGGAUGGGCCACAAACAGCGAGUGAAGUGCUAUCCUGGUUCCAGUUUGUGCCAUCUGUCAGACCUGCCUCAUCUCUGGGCCUCCGUUCCCAGCCCCCACCUCCAGCGCACCUCUGGUGCACAGGAGCUUGGCCUGCUGGCUAGGACCCCAGUCAGACUGCAGCAGGACCUGGCGCUCCUCCAAGUCUGGCUCGGGGAGCCUACUGGCCCAGAUGGCUGAUCUUACCAUACCCUCCCAAUACCAGGAAUGGCCUGCCCCCAGUCUCUUUGUUUGAGAAUCACUGAACUAUAUGUAUAAUAAAUAGGCCUUGAGACUGAAA